AUGUCUGGAAACACGACAGGGACGGAUGGCUCUCAUGGGCCGCGGUAUAGCAUGCGUGCACGCCCGUCACCUCUGGAUUCAGACUCCUCAUUCGACUCCGAUGAUAGCGCAAGCUUCAAUAGCAAAAGGCGUUCAGUUGACAACUCGAAUCUUCCCGGUGGUAAUAGGUCCCUGGCUGGUAUCUCUAUCCGAGCAUUCCUCCUUGGCCAAUCUGUUGGGAUUUGUACACUGCUUACCAUAAUACUGGCCCAUUAUUCAUUUACCUUAUGGCGGGCCCCCUUCUUUAUUGCAUCUCUGGCUCUCUUCCACUUCCUUGAGUUCUAUAUAACGGCGGCUUAUAGCACUUCAUUUGCAACAAUAUCAGCCUUUCUUCUGAGCUCUAACGGUGCGGCGUACAAUAUCGCUCAUAGCUCUGCGCUUGCCGAGUGUCUCCUGAGUCGUUUACUGCUCCCAGAGAGCUACUUAAAGUGGACUUCUAUACCCUUCGGCGGAGCUAGAGUGCAAGUGUCUGUUGGCCUAGCCAUUAUGAUUGUUGGUCAGGUUAUUCGCAGCCUCGCCAUGGUCCAGGCAGGAUCAAACUUCACUCAUACGGUGCAGACGCAGCGACGAGAGGAGCAUGUACUCGUGAAAAGCGGCUUGUACAGCGUCCUCCGGCAUCCCAGUUAUUUCGGCUUUUUCUGGUGGGGUUUGGGAACACAGCUGGUACUAGGGAACUUCGUCUGUUUCCUCGGUUACGCUGCGGUACUCUGGAAAUUUUUCUCAUCUAGGAUACAGCGGGAGGAAAAGCUUUUGAUUGAAUUUUUUGGCGAGGAGUAUGUGGAAUAUCAGAGCAAGACGUGGGUUGGGAUCCCAUUUAUUCACUGA